GCCGCCAGGGUCUCCGCGGUCCCUCGCGCGGCCAGGGAGGGGGCCCUGGCUUCGCCUCGGCCGUUUCCUGCCUACCCCCUCCCCGCCGAGGUAUAUUUCCCCUCCUCCAUGAUCUCCAACACUGAUAGAGUGGAAGAAACUGAGGUACCAUGAAAAAGAGAAGUAACUGGGACUGAGAAAAAGAAAGAGUGCCCCUCCCCCCAACCCCAGGUUCCAGCAGAACUCACAUCUCUGGUGUCUGGAUCAAACCAGUGACUGAUGUCCUGGCCCGCAACUUCCACGAUGGGUUUCAGCAGCAGGUCUCCUGGGAAGGAGCAGCUGCCGUCAAUGCUAGCCAUCCAAGAACCAAGCACCCCCCAAACACACCCUCGACGCUGGCCCAAAGUGUGGCCCUUACCCUUGUACUCCUGUGCCAACGGCGUUAGGUCGUACACGUUUCCCAGGGUUCCUUAAAGGAUGUGUAAGACACUAGAGUUGAAAAUUUCUCGCGAUAUCUUGGUACAUCCCGCGAAAUAGGCCUCAGUGAGCCGCAGCGCCGAAAUAGAAGCUCGCGAGACUUCUGCAGUUGCCGGAGACGAAGACGAGGAGGAGGAGGAGGAGAGGUGAUCUCGCGAAAGAAAGCAGGUCGGGAGCGCUCGCGAGAUCUCAGACCACCGGACCCGAAAGGUUCUUAGGAAGUUGAAGGGCCUGGAGGAGGCCCGGGAACAAAUGGCCGCAGCUGGACCGACCAUGCUGCUACGAGAGGAGAAUGGCUGUUGCAGCCGGCGUCAAAGCAGCUCCAGCGCAGGGGUUAGCUCGGGUUCUGGGAUUGAGGGGCCGUCGGGGAGCAAGAUGGGGGGACGGAGGGGGAACUGCAGCUCCCGGCAGCCUCUGGGCUUCGUGUGAGCGCCCCGCGGGCUGUCGGGAGCUGUGGUUCCGCGGGCGGGCAGCAGCCGGGGCGGCGCGGUCUGAGCGCCUGUCCCGCCCCGCGCAGGACUCAGAUGGGGAGCGCGAGGACUCACCGGCUACGCGCGCUAGGCAGCAGCUGGAGGCGCUGCUCAACAAGACUAUGCGCAUUCGCAUGACAGAUGGACGGACACUGGUCGGUUGCUUUCUCUGCACCGACCGCGACUGCAAUGUUAUCCUGGGCUCGGCGCAGGAGUUCCUCAAGCCGUCGGAUUCCUUCUCUGCCGGGGAACCCCGUGUGCUGGGCCUGGCCAUGGUACCUGGACACCACAUCGUUUCUAUUGAGGUGCAGAGAGAGAGCCUGGCGGGGCCUCCCUAUCUCUGAACACGAUCGCGCAUGCCUUUCAGACUUCAUUAAAUCUGUAACCGAC